AUGUCUGAAGUAGCUGCUGACACUUUCCCCAGCCCCUCAGCUCAGCUGAGGCCUGAUGCAUCUCUCGAGGGGCUCCCGGCUGAGGAGAGCAUGCCAGGGACCCACAGGGAGGACAGGCGGAUCCAGGGCAUAGCAGGCCUUGCCGCUACCUGCUGCGUGUGCCUGGAGGCAGAGCGCCUGAAGGGUUGCCUCAACUCCGAAAAGAUCUGCAUCGCCCCCAUCCUGGCGUGCCUGCUUAGCCUCUGCCUCUGCAUUGCUGGCCUCAAAUGGGUCUUUGUGGACAAGAUUUUUGAGUAUGACUCUCCUACCCACCUUGACCCGGGGAGGAUAGGACAAGACCCAAACAGUGCUGUGGAUGCUACAGCCCUGCCUGCCUGGGUGCCUUCGGAGGUGUACACCUCACCUUUCCCCGUAACUAGCCCUGAGAGCAAGGCUGAUGUGACCGUGCAAACGGACAGCUCGCUGGUGCCCUCCAAACCAUCCCUCCAGCCUACCCUCUAUAACCGCAUCCUCCAUGUCGGGUUGCUGUCCUCUGCUGCACCUUCACUGCCACCACCCGCCUGGGAGCCUACCACAGCAUCCCAGGCGCAAGCGACAGAAACCAACCUGCAAACUGCUCCAAAACUUUCUACUUCUACAUCUACAACUGGGACAAGUCAUCUCACAAAAUGUGACAUAAAGCAGAAAGCCUUCUGUGUAAAUGGGGGAGAGUGUUACAUGGUUAAAGACCUCCCAAACCCCCCAAGAUACCUAUGCAGGUGCCAACCUGGAUUCACUGGAGCAAGAUGUACUGAAACUCUGCCCAUGAAAAUCCAAAACCAAGAAAAGCAUCUUGGGAUUGAAUUUAUGGAAGCUGAGGAACUGUACCAGAAACGGGUGCUGACCAUAACUGGCAUUUGCAUUGCUCUUCUAGUAGUUGGCAUCAUGUGUGUGGUGGCCUACUGCAAAACCAAGAAGCAGAGAAAGAAGUUGCAUGACCGCCUUCGGCAGAGCCUGCGCUCAGAAAGGAACAACAUGGUGAACAUGGCCAAUGGUCCACAUCAUCCCAAUCCACGGCCAGAUAACGUCCAGCUGGUCAAUCAGUACGUUUCAAAAAACGUAAUCUCCAGUGAGCGUGCCAUUGAGCGAGAAACAGAGACCUCGUUUUCCACAAGUCACUACACUUCAACCACACAUCACUCCACGACAGUCACCCAGACACCCAGCCACAGUUGGAGUAACGGUCACACCGAGAGCAUCCUCUCUGAAAGCCGCUCUGUCCUGGCGAGCUCUUCCAUGGAGAACAGCCGGCACGCCAGCCCUGCGGGGCCCCGGGGACGCCUCAACGGCAUUGGUGGGCCACGGGAGAGCAACAACUUCCUCAGGCAUGCGAGAGAGACCCCUGACUCCUACCGAGACUCUCCCCACAGCGAAAGGUAUGUCUCAGCUAUGACCACACCAGCUCGCAUGUCACCUGAAGACUUCCACACACCAACUUCUCCCAAGACCCCUCCUUCCGAAAUGUCUCCACCAGUUUCCAGCUUGACCGUGUCCAUCCCUUCAGUGGCAGUGAGUCCCUUCAUGGAAGAGGAGAGGCCGCUGCUCCUCGUGACUCCACCGCGGCUCCGGGAGAAGUAUGACCACCACCUUCAGCAGUUCAAUUCCUUCCACCACAAUCCUGCCCAUGAGAGCAGCAGCCUGCCACCUAGUCCUCUGCGGAUUGUGGAGGAUGAGGAGUACGAGACAACACAGGAGUACGAACCAGCACAGGAGCCUCCAAAGAAGCUUGCCAACAGCCGGAGGGUAAAAAGAACAAAGCCCAAUGGCCAUAUUUCCAGCAGAGUGGAAAUGGGCUCCGACACAACCUCUGAGAGCAGUAGUUCUGAGAGUGAAACAGAAGACGAGAAAAUAGGUGAGGAUACACCUUUCCUGAGCAUACAGAACCCCAUGGCCACCAGUCUGGAGCCGGCCACCACGUACCGACUGGCUGAGAGCAGGACUAACCCGGCGAAUCGCUUCUCCACACCAGAAGAGUUGCAAGCAAGGUUGUCCAGUGUAAUAGCUAACCAAGACCCUAUUGCUGUAUAA